AUGUCUAUUCCCACCUGGGGCGACCGGUUACUUGACACCCAUGCAGAAGCAGGUUUCCCGGUAUGCCCACAGCGAAGGCAGCCUCCCGAUGACGUCUAUAUCCGCCUGCCUUCUCCCGAGGCCGAACCGCAACAAGUCUUCGACUUCAAGUUGAAGACAACAGUAACGACUGAUCACCCAGCUGGAGUCUUCUUUUGGCUCCAGCAAGCCAGCAAUGAUUCGAAAUUGGAUCAUUCGGGUACGCAGAUCUUCCUUCGCAUCGCACCUCCGCAAUGA